GUCACUGAAGUAACUGAACUGUUUCAGGAAACUGACAGAAUAGAAAUCAAUGACACCACCAGUUAAAGCUCGAGAUCAAUAAGUCCUGUCAGGAUGGAUGGGGACAGUCGCCCCUGAAAGGCUCUUAUUUGAUCAUCUCUGCUGACAGGAAGUAGUGAGUCUUAUUGUGGAGAGUUGACCAGAUAAAGGGUGUGUGUGUGUGUGUGUGUGUGUGUCAGUCAAAGUCCAGUCCAGACUGCAGCUGUGUGUGUGUGGAAAACAUGGAGGACCAGAAGAAGAAGAUUCUGUGUGUUGGUCUGGUGUGUCUUGACAUCAUCAACGUGGUCGACAAGUACCCAGAAGAAGACACUGAUACCAGAUGUUUGUCACAACGUUGGCAGCGAGGAGGAAACGCAUCGAACUCCUGCACGGUGCUGUCACUGCUGGGAGCUUCGAGCGCCUUCAUGGGUUCACUCUCUGCUGGACCUGUGGCUGAUUUUAUUUUGGAGGAUUUUCAGAAGUUCCAUAUCGAUGUGUCUUUGGUGUCUGAGCACGCUCAGUGUGUCCUUCCAGCCUCCGUGGUCAUCAGCAACAUCAGCACAGGAAGUCGCACCAUACUGCACAUGAACAGAUUCAUCAUGGCAGACUUCUCUCAGCGAAUGGUCGAUGUCUCAGCAGUGGUUUGGCAGGUCGAAGGUCAAACCCCGUGUGCGUGUUGUGUUGUUUGUCCGUCCAGCGGAUCUCGAACCGUCAUUCUCUCUGACAUGAACCUUCCUGAUGUCACAGCGGAGGAUUUCUCCAAAGUCGACCUUCGUCAGUUCAAAUGGAUCCACUGGGAGAAACUUCAAGAUGCGACCGGCCAAAUUGACGAGGCUACUCGGCGCUUGGAGGAGGUUGAGAGAAGCAUGGCAGGAUCAGAAAAGUGGGAUAUCGGCGUUAAAGAUACUUUAAUUCAACUACUCAAAAACCAAGAAAUACUGCAGGCGAAAGUGACGGACCUCGAAGGACGUUCUUGGCGCAAUAACGUCCGCAUAUACGGCGUCCCAGAAAACACGGAGGGCACUUCUAUGAACUGCUUUAUCGAGGAUUUAAUUAUGAGAGAACUUGGAGAUAACCUGGGUCUUUCUCUGGGGAAAGAACUAGGAAUUGAAAGGGCCCACCGAGCACUGGCCCCCAAGCCACCAACUGGUGUGUCACCACGCUCAAUUGUGGUGCAAUUCCUACAGUUUACGACUAAAGAAAAAGUUUUACAGGCUGCCUGGAAGAAGACGAUGUACGUGCAGGAAAAGAGGGUGUAUUUUGAUCACGACUACGCCGAGCGGGUGCAGCAGAAAAGAAAGGAGUAUGCUCCGAUCAAGCGAGUGCUUAAGGAAAACAAAAUCCGGUUCCAAACCCCGCUCACCAAGAUGCGAGUACACCUUGACUCUGGUGCAGUCACCUACAACAACGCCACAGAAGCAGCGGAGGAUUUGUCCAAGCGAGGCUUUUUGGUGGGACGCAUCCACGGAAGCAAGGCAGAGGGCAUCACGGAGGAAAUUCUUACUAAGCUUCUUCCAUGGAACAUAGCUGGAGAGCGCCGGACGGGCGGUAAACACAGCUUUCAAGAAGCUGUACGAGAGAAACUUAAGGGAUUUCGGAGGGGGAACCGAGACAAUGAGGCAGGGGAGGUGUUCUAUAAUCCGCAGGUGUUUUCUAGUUCUCGGUUCUCUCGUCUUCAGGUGUUCUCUCGUCAUCAGGUGUUUUCUAGUCCUCAGGUGUUUUCUAGUCCUCAGGUGCUCUCUAGCCCUCAGGUGUUCUGUAGUCCUCAGUUGUUUUCUAGUCCUCAGGUGCUCUCUAGCCCUCAGGUGUUCUCUAGUCCUCAGGUGUUCUCUCGUCCUCAGUUGUUUUCUAGUCCUCAGGUGUUUUCUAGUCCUCAGGUGCUUUCUAGCCCUCAGGUGUUCUCUAGUCUUCAGGUGUUCUCUAGUCCUCAGUCCUCAGGUCUUGUUGUCUUCAAAUGUGCAAGUCCUCAGGUGUCCAUGUCUCCUCAGGUGUCCUUGUCUCCUCAGGUGUUCCCUAGUCCUCAGGUGUCUUUGUCUCCUCAGCUGUUCUCUAGUCCUCAGGUGUCCUUGUCUCCUCAGCUGUUCUCUAGUCCUCAGGUGUCCUUGUCUCCUCAGCUGUUCUCUAGUCCCCAGGUGUCCUUGUCUCCUCAGGUGUUCUCUAGUCCUCAGGUGUCCUUGUUUCCUCAGGUGUUUGUCAGUAAGGACGUGGCUCGUCACUUUGGUUUCCAGACAGCUGUCUCUGCUCUGAGAGGACUCUACAGUCGAGUCAGACCGGGGGCUGUUCUGAUUUGUGCCUGGGCAGAAAAAGGAGCGGACGCUUUGUGUCCUGACGGUUCAGUCGUUCAUUCAGAUGCUUUUCCUCCUGAAUCUCUGGUGGACACUCUGGGAGCCGGGGACACGUUCAACUCUGCUGUCAUCUACACACUAUCCAACGGCGGGACCGUUCAGGACGCUCUGACCUUCGGCUGCAGAGUCGCUGGCAGGAAGUGUGGUUUCCAUGGUUAUGACGGCAUUGCUGCAGAGUUCUGCUCCUGACAUGGAUCGGAGAACUGAGGUUACAGUGAGAGGUGAUUCCCACUGUAAGAAACGAGGAGAUAAAAACACUGAAAUGAAAAUAAAGUGCUGAUUUUGAUCAGAGAUCAAACUAAAAAGUGAAGCUUCAUAAAAACUGUGACGUCAACAAAUGUUUACAACCUGAAAUUAACUGUUUUUUAGUUUAUAAUUAACUGAUAUAUAACGAUUAAUAAACAUGAUUGAUAACUGAUAGAUUGAUAAUUGAUUGUCAGCCGCUGAUGAUAAUCCGACGGUUCAGUUUUAAUGUACUGAGAUUAAAUGAAGUCACUUUUUUUUUAAAAACGAGUUUGUUCCUGACUUUUUUGCCUGAUGAAAAUAAAGUUUGUUUCACUGAUUGAUAAACAA